AUGGCGGGGAAGGGCCCUUUGGGGUUUCCCUGGGUCCCCGAGGCCGGGGGAAAGAAGAAAGGACCAGACGCCGAAGAUGCGAAAAUGGGAGAUGUAAGGGGCGAGGUGUGGUUUUCGGGGAAACGGGGAGAUGGAGUUGGCCCUGUUUGGUUACAGCCGGGGAAAUGCCUCAGCAUUGUGCCCGGCUUGGGAGGGGGGCUCUCCGAGGGAGCGCCGCGGCCUCUGACCGCUUCCCGGUUCUCCUGGCGCAGGGACGUCAAGCCGGACAACGUGCUUCUGGACUCGAACGGGCACAUCCGCCUGGCUGACUUCGGCUCCUGCCUGCGGCUCAACGCCAAUGGGAUGGUGGACUCCUCGGUUGCCGUGGGCACCCCCGACUACAUCUCCCCCGAGAUCCUCCAGGCCAUGGAGGAAGGGAAGGGCCACUACGGGCCGCAGUGCGACUGGUGGUCCCUGGGGGUGUGCAUGUACGAGCUGCUCUUCGGGGAGACCCCCUUCUAUGCCGAGUCCCUGGUGGAGACCUAUGGCAAGAUCAUGAACUACGAGGACCACCUGCAGUUCCCCCCAGACGUCCCUGAGGUAUCGGAGAGCGCCCGGGACCUGAUCCGCAAACUCCUGUGUCACCAGGAGGAGCGGCUGGGCCGGGGGGGGCUGGAUGACUUCCGGGGUCACCCCUUCUUUGAGGGUGUGGACUGGGAGCGGCUCCCGACCAGCACGGCACCCUACAUCCCCGAGCUCCGGGGGCCCGUGGACACCUCCAAUUUUGACGUGGAUGAUGAUACACUUAACCAUCCGGGGACCCUGCCACCGGCUUCCCACGGGGCCUUCUCGGGCCACCACCUGCCCUUUGUGGGUUUCACCUUCACCUCCAGCCCUGGGCCCGGCUCGGACAGGGGCCCUGACCCGCCGGCCUCCAGCCUUGAGCGGAGAAUGCGGAAUCUGGAGCAGGAGAAAGCCGAGCUGAGCCGGAAGCUGCAAGAAGCCCAGGCUGAGGGUGACCGCAGUGGGAGGCCGGCCCCUGGGAGCAGCUGGCAGCAGGAGAGAGACCAGCUCUGCCAGGAGCUGUCGGAGGCCCGGGCCCAGCUACAGGCCCAGGCCCAGGAGCUGCUCGUCUCUGAUGGGAGGCAGAAGGAGCUGCAGCAGAGGCUUCAGGAGGCUGAGGAGGCCACGGGGGCCGCCCAGAGCCGGGCCCAGGCCCUGAGCCACAAGCUGGAUGCUGCCCAGGAAGCCCAGGCUGAGCUAGAGGCCAAGGUGGCCGCCCUCAGCAGCGAGGUCACGCGGCUCCGGAAGCAGAGGGAGAGGAGCAGGGAGAAGGAGCGGUCCCGAGUCAAGGCCACCCUCCCGCCCCCCGAGACCAACGGCUCCGGCCCCCUGAGCCCUGCGCCCCAGGGGACAGGCCAGCAGGAGGCCCUGAAGAAGGAGCUGGAAGCUCUGAGAUCUCAGCUGGACCAGGCCCGGAGCCAGGGCCCCAGCAGCCCGAAAGGGAAGGAAGAACUUCUCCGGCUCCAGGAAGAAAACAGACGUCUGAGCCAGAAGCAGGAGUGGAGCCCCGGCCCCUGGGAGGGUCCCGGCUUCCCUGCCGCCUUGGAAAGGGGGCUCCGGGGGGGCCUUGGGCUCAUCAUUUCAGAGCCCAGCCCCCGCACCAAGCUACCAAGCAGAGCGAAGGUGGAGGGGGAGAGCGGAGCGGAGCAACUGGGAGGCCGACCCCCCAUCCUCACCUGGGUGAAUGACGAGAAGGUCUCUCGAGGUUACCUGCAGGCUCUGGCCACCAAGAUGGCGGAGGAGCUGGAAGCCUUACGCAACGCGGGAACCCAGACCCUCCCAGCCCGGCCCCUGGACCACCAGUGGAAGGCCCGGCGGCUCCAGAAAAUGGAGGCCCCGGCCCAGUUCCUGACCAUUCCGCCUCAGAGCUCAGAGAAGGAUGCUUCAAAGGACGUCGUCAGCUGCACAGACCCCCCUGACCCCCGGCGUCCCGGGGCUGAGGCAGAGCUCCGGCCAGAGGGCCGCCGCAGCCUGCGGAUGGGGGCCGUGUUUCCUCGAACCCAGACCCCGGCGCCGGCUGACAGCGCUCCGGCCAAGCCUGGCUCCCAUGCCCUGCGCCCGUGGAGCUUCCCGUCCCCCACCAAGUGCCUGCGGUGCACCUCGCUAAUGCUCGGGCUCAGCCGCCAGGGAGUGGCGUGUGAAGCCUGUGGUUACUUCUGCCAUUCUUCCUGUGCCCCCAUGGCCCCUCCCUGCCCUGUGCCCCCCGAGCUGCUCCGGACGGUCCUGGGGGUGAACGCUGAGACUGGCAUCGGCACAGCCUACGAGGGCUUCCUGUCGGUGCCACGCCCCUCAGGGGUGCGCCGAGGCUGGCAGAGGGUGUUUGCCGUGCUCAGCGACCUGCGCCUCCUCCUGUACGAUGCCCCCGACCCGAAGCUCUCCCCUGCGAGCGGUGCCCUCAUCCAGACCCUGGACCUGAGGGACCCCCAGUUCUCAGCCACCCCAGUCCUGGCGUCCGAUGUCAUCCACGCACAGGUUCGGGACCUGCCCUGCAUCUUCAGGGUGAUGGCGUCCCAGCUGACCGUGCCCCCGACGCAGUGCUCCGUGCUGCUGCUGGCCGACAGCGAGGGCGAGCGGGCGCGCUGGCUGCAGGUGCUGGGGGAGCUGCGCCGCCUGCUGAUGGACAUGCGGCCGCGGCCCCUGCCCGUCUACACCCUGAAGGAGGCCUACGACAACGGGCUGCCCAUGCUGCCCCACACCCUCUGCGCGGCCGUCAUCGACCAGGAGCGGCUGGCCCUGGGCACUGAAGAAGGACUCUACGUCAUCCACCUGCACACCAAUGACAUCUUCCAGGUGGGCGAGUGCAAGCGGGUGCAGCGCCUGGCGGUGAGCCGGCCCCCCGGGCUCCUGGCCGUCCUGUGCGGCCGCGGGCCCAGCGUGCGCCUGUUCGCCCUGGACGAGCUGGAGAGCGGCGAGGCGGCCGGGGCCAAGAUCGCCGAGUCGAGGGGCUGCCAGGGCCUGGCGUCGGGCCGCGUCCUGCAGGCCAGCACCCCCGUGCUCUGCGUGGCCGUGAAGCGGCAGGUCCUGUGCUACCAGCUGGGGCCCGGGCCCGGGCCCUGGCACCGGCGCAUCCGGGAGCUGCAGGUGCCCGGGCCGGUGCAGAGCCUGGCGCUGGUGGGUGACCGGCUGUGCGUGGGGGCGGCCGGGGCCUUCACCCUCUACCCGCUGCUCAACGAGGCGGCGCCCCUGGUGCUGGGCGCCGGGCUGCCCCCCGAGGGCCCCUGCGAGGCGCUGGGCGCCGUCGAGCUCAGCCUCAGCGAGCUCCUGCUCCUGCUCUCCACGGCCGGCGUCUACGUGGACCGCACGGGCAAGAGGUCCAGGAGCCAGGAGCUGCUCUGGCCCGCGGCCCCCACGGGCUGGGGCUAUGCAGUCCCCUACCUGACAGUGUUCAGCGAGAACGCCAUUGACGUGUUUGACGUUCGGAGGGCAGAGUGGGUCCAGUCGGUGCCGCUCAAGAAGGUCCGACCCCUGAACCCCGAGGGCUCCCUUUGUCUCUACGGCUCCGAGAAAGUCCGACUGACCUACCUCAGGAACCGGCUGGCGGAGAAGGACGAGUUUGACAUCCCCGACCUGACGGACAAUAGCCGCCGCCAGCUGUUCCGGUCCAAGAGCAAACGGCGCUUCUUCUUCCGAGUCUCUGAGGAGCAGCGCCAGCAGCAGCGCAGGGAGUUGCUGAAGGACCCUGUCACCCGCUCCAAGUUCAUCUCUCCACCGACGAACUUCAGCCACCUGGCCCACGUGGGCCCUGGGGACGGGAGGCCAGAGCUGCCCCCGGCUCCGAAGGAAAAGGGCCGCGGAGGAGGCCGGAGCCACGGCCCGACGAGGCCCCACAGCUUUUCCGAGGCUCCGCGACGCCCAGCCUCCACGGGCGGCGAGGUCUUUGUGCCAGAGACAGACUCCGUGAGGAGGAAGCCCAGGACCUCCCUCUCCAGCGAGUCGGUGUCCUGCAGCCAGGGCCCCCUGAGCCCGGCCGUCUCCUUGAGCCAGAUCUCGGACCGUCCCCGGAGCCUCCCCCCGGCCCCUGAAUCCGACAGCUCCUGCUGAGCCAUCCCGGCUGGGAACACCAGCCCCUCCUCUGUGCCAACCCCAAGAAGGGGGAUGGGAGGAGGAAAAGAGACAACGCAAAGAAGCACAUGGAGUGGCAGGGGUCGGAGCGCCCGCUGUGGAUCAGGGUGCUGGGCAGGGGGGCAGGAUGGAGCAGCUCCCUGGGGACCCAGGCUCAGGCAGCCCCCCCCCAGCUCCCUGCCCAGGCCCAGCCUGAGACUCGAGGAUCCCUCAUCUGCCCACCCCUGCCCACAGUGGCCCCUGAGCCUCCCACCCCACCUGCUGUGCCCAGGGGUCCAGAGCUCUCUUGGGCUGUAUGCCAGGGGCUGGCUCGGCCCCCCGUGGGAGGAUUCUGCUUGUGCCAAAGCCCCAGCCCCAGGCACCGGUGGGUGAAGAGAAGGGAAAGGUCGCAUGUGGGGGAGGCGAGAGGAGGAGCCGGGAUGGCUCUGGGGGUGCAGAGGUCACGGGCAGCCGGGGUGCAUCCUCUGCUGAUACGGACGGGACAGUCCGAGCCUGGCAGACACGGAGCAUCGUGGAGGAAACAUCCCAAGGUGGGGGGUCUGCGGGGGGGCCCAGGAGAGAGAGAGGAGGGAGAGAAAGCAAUGGAGGAGACACCAAGGGAAGAGGGAAGCUGGAGCGGGAAGGAGGAGCACAUCUGGACUGGGAUCCCAGGCUAACAGCUACCAGUCAGGCAAUCUACACUUAGGAAGCACCUCCUGUGUGCCCCACAGUGUGCCUGGCGCUGUGACCACACUGUGUGUCUGUGUGCCCGGUGCUGUGUGCCAGCGCAAGCCCCCUCCUGCCGGGCCUUCGGGGUCUCUAAGGUGCUUCGAGUUCUAAAUCACAGAUCCCAGGAUCCAGGAGGGAGAAAGGGCCAGGAGGAAAAAAGCAUGUAUGGAAGUGAAGGGACAGAAGGAGGGAGAAGCCGGUGGAGUGAGAAAAGGAGGGUUAGAGGAAGAACUGGGGGAUCAAGGAGAGGAGGUGCUGCGGUGGGGGGGGCAGGAGAGAAAGCAGGCAGGACCAAGAAGGGGGGCUCCCCUGGAGCACGGCCACAGGGAGAGGAAGCCCGGGCCAAAGGGCAGCUCAUCCCAUCAGCCUGGAGGCAGGGAGAAGAGGGUUCUGGGAUUAUUUAUGAGGGGCUAACUUGUGUGAGCUGGGGGUGAGGGAUGCUGGGGGUUCCGUUCUCAUUUGGACUUUGUUACCCUGUUUUUGCAGAGGGAAUGACUGUUCAAAGUUCCAGAUGACUCUAUUAGGGAGAUAUGGGGGGUUCAUUAUUGUGGUUAUUAUUAUUUUUAAUCCUCUCAGUUGGGGGGGAUCAGCCAAGUAUUUAUCUGACGGACACUUUGUGGAAGGAUCAACACCGACAUUUGAUGUGACAAAAGAAAUCUAAUAAAGAUGUCUUUAUAAGCUG